AUGCCCUCCAGACAAAGUCCUUAUCUAAUGACCCAGGGAAAUUUCAAUCGUCUUUUGAUGAGACGUCUGAAACCUGUCUACGUGAAAUUCAUUCAGGAGGUGAACGUUCCGAUCGAAGUCUCACUUUUCAUGUAUCAAGUUCCAGGUUGUGGCCCCGGAGGUUGCAAGAUAAAUUUUUGGCUCCCAUUGACUAGGACAUAUGGAUCCAAUUCUUUGUGGAUCGAGAGCUCCCCCAACAAAAAUGAUUUUUUGCCUUUAGCGGUGUUGGAAGGACAAGUUGCAAGAUUUUAUGGGAAUCGAUGCAUGCAUUACACCAUACCGAACGACACCGAGCACACAAGGAUAACCCUGGAUUUCCGUGCAGUUCCUGGUCCUCUCUUUGACACAGAUUAUGAAUUGAGCCGAGAACCCGAAACCGGAGCACAAAUGUUUCAGCUCGGAGGAUAUUACUCUCUGGCCAAGUACGAUCAAGGCAUUCAAGAAGCAAAGCAAGAAUCGAAUCAACGACCUCCGAUGCGCACUGCUUGUGCUUGUGCUGCAUGCCUUUGUAUUUCCAGAUGGGCUCCGGAAUUGUCAGCUAAGCCAAGCUUCAAAGAACAUAAUUAA